AUGAAUAGACAAUAGAUGCUGUCAAAGUAUAAGGAAAUCUUGUUGGACUAUCUGGAUAAAGUUCGGAAGAAUAUUCCCAAAUAGUACCCUUCCUUCAAAGACUUCCUGAACAAAAUGAUUGAUCUGGUCAAAUAUGAAAGCCUCCCUAAAUUGGGAAAACAUAUGGUGGUUUUCAGAUUGACCUUCAAUAUGAGACAAACCAAACUAACCUAAUUGGCUUUGUCUGUAUUAUUUAAACUAGUUUCAAAUGGCUUCAUCGAUGGAAGAAUAGAAGACACCUCCUAAGAAUUCUACACCGACGAAUUUUCAGAACUUUUCAACGACUCCAACUACUAUAAUGGCAAAAAAAAAACCAUCAUCGAUUCAUUAAUCAAUUCAGUGACAUCCUGUCUGCUUGAAAAGGACGAGAUCAUCAUUCAAGGCCUCAAAUUGUUGGUUGCAUUUGUUCUGAAUCCAUUCUGUUAUGUAGCAUCGCAAAAUCUCACCAGAAUCAUCAAAACUAUAAUCUUCUCCUACACUCGCACUGGCACUAGAACACAGAUUGUCGAUAGAAUUGCUAAGAGUAUGCUCUAUUAGAUUAUUAACUACACAUUUUAGGCUGUGGAAGGAGAAGUUUUCACAAUCCAAAGGAACAAACGUAAAAUGUCUAUCAAAGAAGAUUCAGUCUAGAAAUUAACUCAAUUGGUCAUGCUUCAAUUAGUUGAUAUGGUCUGUUUAAAUAAAACUUCCCUGGGUUUCUCUCCCUAAUCAAACACUUUAAAUGAAAAUCAACAACCUGCAGGUUAUUUUGGUUAUUGUCUAAUGUGUAGAAAAUCAGCCAAUCUCUAUUGUAAAGAUCACAGAGUCCCAAUUUGUUCAUUCAUGUGUAAAAAACAACAUCAGGAAUACGUCGAACAAACUCAAAACACUUACAGUGGGACACUAAAGCAAUAUGAAGAGAAUCUUGACUCUGCUUUGCAAUUAUAUGAUAGUCUAUGCAAUCUGCUAAUGAAUAAAACAACUUUGCAAUAAGCUAAAAACUAAUAGAUCAUUCUCGAAUGUCUGUUGUAUAUUCUUGAAACACCUGACUUUGUGUUAAGUAAGAAUGAAAAAUUUAUUAAAAUAACCAAAGAGAGACUCUGCAAUCAAUUGUUAAAAUAUUGUUUAGAAACAGAAAAAACCUUAUAUCAAUACAGUUUCAGAAUAUUUUAACAAUUAGUUUGUAUCAUGAGAAAACGCAUUAAGCAUGAAAUGGCUAUCUUUAUCAACCAAAUAUAUUUGAAUAUCCUCUUAAGUGCCAAUUCAAAUGUCCUACAUAAACAAACUGCACUUGAGAGCUUAUGCAGUAUUUUGGAAAGACCGAAGAUUGGAUUGGAAUUUUAUAUAAAUUAUGAUUGUCAUACCAAGCAUGAAUAUUUAAUGUCCAAAGUCAUUCACACCUUCUAUGAAAUUAUUGUGGUUUCUGUUUAUUAAAAAGCGGAAUAUCAAAUUCAAAGCCAAUAAGAAACGCUCCUGAAGAGUUUGGCUAUCAAGGCAAUUUAUUAUAUCAUUGAGGGUUUAAAUAAGGUGUUUGACAAGUUUAUCAUAACACCUUCUGAGGAAAGUGGAACACCAUAAAUGGAUGAUUAAAAUGUUAAUGAUAAUACCACUGUGAUGUAUGUCAAUCCCAUUGAAAUACAAAGAUAAUUGAAAUAGGAAAUCAUGAAGGGAUGCCAAGUUUUUAAAAAGAAUCCAGAUAAAGGAGUUAAAUAUCUGUUGGAUGCUCAAAUCAUUAGGAAUGAUGCCAAAGAGAUUGCUAAGUUUUUCAGAGAAAAUCAAUAAUAAUUAAGCAAAGAUGCCAUAGGAGCCUAUUUAGGAGGACAUCAACAAUUAAAUAUCAAGGUCUUAAGUGAAUUCACUGACACGUUGAAAUUCAAAGAUUUGACUGUCGAAUAGGCAUUAAGAUAUUUCUUGGAUUAAUUUACACUACCAGGAGAAGCUAUGUAAGUGGAUAGAGUAGUCUAAAAGUUUUCAGAUAGAUAUUACAAAGAAAACCCGAAUUCAGCCUUCAAAUCCAGUGGCAGUAUUUAUACUUACUGUUAUUUAUUGGUUAUGUUGUAAACGGACUUGCAUAAUCCUUCAGUAGCAGAGAAAAUGAAAUUGAUUGACUUUCAAAAGUUGGCUAGGUCAAUCAAUGAUGGUGAUGAUCUACCAUAAGAGUAUUUAACUCAAACUUAUAAUUCUAUACUGAAACAACCUUUGGCAGUAAGAGAAAAGGAGAAAAGUCGUGUAUUUAUUAAAGAAUCCCUUACUUAAAACAUAAGAAAGAAACAGGAUCUAUUUUAGAGGGAGAAGGAAGCUUUGCUGAAAGAAGGAAGCGAAUUAAUUAAAACCAAAUAAGAUUUGCAUGAAACUAUUUAUCAGAAUAUUAAUCAAGACAUGGCCUACUUAAUAAAGCCAUUCUUGGAGUGUAUAGGAAAACCUUCAUUUGAAAUGUUUUUGUUUGUUUUUAACAAUGAUUAGAUGGAGGCGUCUUCAAAUCAAUGCAUUUAAGGGUUAGUCUUGUUUAUUAAAUUAUGCUCCUUCUUUUCAAUUCCCUUGUAAGAUUAUAUGAAUCCAUUGCUCAAGGCCACAAGACUCAAUUAUUCAGGGUAGAUAUCCAAUAAGCACAUCAACUUAAUAAAACAGAUUUUGUAAACUGUUCCCUAAAUUGGAAAUGGACUUAGAGAGAUUGGAUGGAUAAGCAUUGUCACAAUGAUAAGUAGACUGGAUGAAAUGAGGAUGAUAAAGCAAUCCAAGGAUGGUGUUGAAGGAUUAAAUAAUGUCAUAUAACCUGAGUUAUUAUUGGAAUCUGAUCUAAUAGAUAAGAUCUUUGUGUAAUCAAAAUAGUUAGAUGAUGAAGCCAUUUAGGAAUUUAUCAAUGCUCUCUGUUAUAUGUCAAAGCAAGAGAUUUAUUAGACUCAUCCACGAGUGUUUAGUCUGUAAAAAUUGGUUGAAGUCUGUGAUUACAAUAUGAAGAGAGUGAGUUUUGUAUGGACGAAGAUGUGGAAUAUUGUGAAGGAUCAUAUCAACGAGGUAGCUGUGAAAGAGAAGAGAGUUGCAAUGUUCACUGUCGACUCCCUCAAAUAAUUAAGCAUUAAAUUCCUUUAAAAGGAUGAGUUAUAUGACUUUUAAUUCUAAAGAGAUGUGUUGAAACCUUUUGAGACCAUAUUUUUGUAGUCAAAUUUAGAUGUCAAGGAAUUCAUUCUUUCCUGCAUCAAUCAUAUAGUCUUAAAUCAUAAACAUAAUAUUAGAUCUGGAUGGAGGAUGGUAUUUGGUCUAAUCACAUUAGGGUUGAAAGAGGAAAAUGAUAAAAUCAGUAAAAUGGCAUUUCAGAUUCUAUCCUAAAUCAUGCAACAUAAUCUAGAUCGAUUGCAGGAUGUUUUCAUUGAUCUCAUUCAAACACUAAAGGUUUUGGCAGGCAAGGUUCAAGAAGAUAUGGCAUUGGCCUCUAUUGAUUUUACUAUACUUUGUUUUGGUUAUCUCUCAUAACAAGCACAAAUAGCUCCCAAACUCAACUGGAAUGAAUUUGAUGAACCUGAACCUACUGUUCGAAAUGCAUCCACAGCAGCGUAGCUUGAAAAGAUUUGGAUUCCCUUACUUGGAGUGUUGUCAGAAUUAGCAGGAGAUAAGAGAAACAAUGUAUAGGCCAAGUCCAUGGAAGCAUUGUUUGAGUCCUUGCAAUAGUUUGGGUAUGCAUUCAGUGCUGAGUUCUGGAAAAUGGUAUUCAGUACUGUACUAAGACCAAUAUUUGAUGAGAUUCAAUUUACAUUUCAAUAAAAUUACGCAGUGGAGAGCACUAAUAAUGAUUGGUUUAAGAAUUCAUGUAAAAAGGGAUUUUCAUUGAUCAUCAAGUUAAUGAAGCGAUACUUUUAGAAAUUAAGAGGGUUGUUACCUGAGUUCUUGAAACUAUUUGAAAAUUGUAUAUAAAACCAAAAUGUCAAAUUAGCUAAAUAUAGCAUUCAUUCUGUAAAAAGUAUGACACUAAAGAUUGGGUUGAUGUUUAAUGAAGAAGAAUGGGAACAAAUUAUCUAAUUUAUUGAUAGGAUGAUUCGAUUGACUAUGCCCACAAAAUUAUCAAGUUUUGCCAAUCAAUCCUUAUCUUCAAGUCGGAUGAGAAAUAUGGUGGAAGACUGUUUCACCUAAUUCACUUCUUAAUUAUUGAUGAUUUAAAUAAGUAUGGAGAUCUUACAACAUUUCAAUCAAAAACUAAAUCUGCAAUAAUUACAAACUAUUGAAAAUACCUUUCUAUAUUCCUAUUAAUUUGCCGUCUAAUUUAAUUCAUAGAUUGAAUAAAGGUAUCUAAUUUGGAAGUAGGGUAUCAUACAAGAUGUGAAUUACUUGCCUGGAUUACUCAAAUAGGAAAGGGAUGCAUAUGGUUGUAUGAUCAUCAUCUAAAAAUACAAAUUAAAGAAUCAUAAUAUCUUUGAUAUUGAUUCCUUGAUUGCACCAAUAAAUACAUUUAUUUAAAAGCACGAGAUGAUCAAAGCAGGCACAGCGUUACCAGACGAACAAGAUCAAUAGAUGCAAAAAUUAAGACAAUUGGAAAUAGAGAGAGAAGCAUAAUAUUAUAAGCAAUUAUUGAGUACUUAUAUAUUGCCAACCCUUUGCGAAUUAGAUGAUGAACAUUUAAAACAAUACAACAAGUAAUUAUUCCAAAUUUUAUUAAAAUCAAUGAAUUAUUCAAAUGAUUCUAUUACCUGUAAAGAAUGUGCUCGAUGUUAGAAAUGCUUGCAAUAAGAAAAGAGCAACUUAGAUCAAUAGCUUCUUUCGUUGGUUUAAAAAUUAUAUCAUUUGAAAUGA